AUGUUCCAACACUAUUACAAAUCGAAAGAGUACAUUCAGCAGGCUCACCUUGAAGCUGAGCUUCCUGGAUCUCUACUCCAAGACGCUCUGGUCGUUGCAAAUUUCCCCUCGAAGAACCGACGGUUGCACAUUGAGAAAUGGAGUGAAGGGCAGCUUCCAAACCCAUUCCUAAACCACGAUUCAGCUACCAUCGAUCGACUUGACAGACUCUACACUCAACUCGCGAUAUACAUUGAGGACUAUAUCACGAAGGCCACAUCGAUCUCUCCGCCUCGAGCUUAUAUGUGUACUCCAAGCCCUUGCUCCGAUGUCGACCAGCUGCAGUUCACAGGCCAGCCCAUUGGGAUCGAUAUCCUCAGGGUUGAGACGCUCAGAGAUGUUGAAAGAAAUCGCCUAUUCCGAGCAUUCUUUAGAUAUGAACUGGUAUCUAAAAUACGCUGUCUCCAGGACCGCAUCGAGCUCGAGCUCAUUGACGAGCUAGUUGCCCCAAUUUUCGAGAACUUCAGCCACGGCGAGGCUGAAGCACUUCGGUGCGUUCGCCAUUAUAUGAAAAAGCUUUAUGGCGUUGUUCUCGCUUACUAUUCCAAUCCUCAACUUCACAACACACCAGCCUUAACAGCCGCGGUAACAGGCAAACUUAAUCCCAAUUGUGGAUCACUGUUCCCUAAUAAAAUGUGGAUUUCAUCCGAGGAGAUUUCGGAAUAUUUAUUUCAGGAAUCAAAACCGCAUCAUGAAUUUCUUGGAUUUGAUCUGAUGACUCGGCUGCUUAGCGUUCCUCGAGACGACAAGGGAUGUCCGAUGCGGUUGUUUGCUGAGAUACCCAUGCACCUAAAGCAAUUGGAUAGGACUAGUGUUAUGUCAAUGUCUCAUAUUUUCGACGAAGGGGGUUAUUAUCUGCUAAAUAACAGACGCUGGGACGAAUGGUCAGAGAUCGGUCAAGCCCUCCGGGAUAAUGGUAGCAUCGCAUUCACUUAUGGGAGGGACCUUUGUGAUUUCGAGUCUCGCCUACAGAAGGGAAUUUACCGACAGAGAGCAUGGGCAUUUUUCGACCACGCUGGCUAUUAUCCGGAAGGGAAUAUAUCUCGACAUUUUCCAACCCUGCGUCAGCUUGAAGAUGAGGACUUACUUAGAAGCUGGGCAUAA